AUGCGCAGCACGUCGGGUACCAGGAGCAGCAAGGAGGGCACCAUGAGCAGCACGACGGGUGAGUCACACGGCGAAUUCCACGAGCAGCACGACGGGUACGAGGUGACGCGGGGGGCCUUCCUGGCGAUGCUGAUUGUGCAGCAGUGCGCGCAGUACCUGCCGGAAGGGACGCAGGGCAGGGAGCCAGACCGAGGAGCCCCGGGCCGGCACGAGGUCGGGCCGGGCCGGGAGCCCCUGGCGUGGCCGAGGCUGGCCGUGGCCGGCAGCGCGACCUUCCAGCAGAUCGAGAAGGAGUGCUCGGCGUUCCUGAACAAGAUCGCCGAGCUGGAGCAGGAGGUAAACGAGCAUCAGCUCGUCCUCAAGGCCUUCGAGAAGGUCGAGCCCGCCCGGCGCUGCUUCCGCAUGGUCGGCGGGGUGCUGGUGGAGCGGACCGUGUCGGAGGCGAAGCCCGCCGUGGAGGGGAACAUGGAAAACAUCAAGAAGGCUGUGGCGCAGCUCGAGGACCAGCUCAAGAAGAAGUCGAAGCAGCGCUCCGAGUUCGUGGACGGGGAAGUACGGCCUGAACCGGCAGGCCCCCCAGCGCGCAGAGCCGGCGGCGGCUCCAGAGAGGUCUGGGGGCGGCAGCGUCCUGGUGUGAGGCGCGGGGGGGGCCCGCGGCCGGCUCUGCUCGGGGUGCUGGGCCGGAGGGCGAGGACGGCGGCGGUGACGCGCAGGCGGCAUCAGCACGAGCGGCGGCACCGGUAG